GAGUAAGACAUUCCACUUUGUUAUCUUUAUUGUGCCGUUGUUGAUUAUUUUUAAAGUACAGUUUGAUCUGUUGACUACCAGUUCAAUUGUAGCUGUUAGUCGCUGCAAUUUUUUAUUUCUGGGACAAAUUUCGAUGGUUGUGCUGUAUCUUUGUUUCUUGCUUCUUGCCCUCGGUCUCUGCGUGACUCAGAGAUUCAGAUUUAUUAGCGAUCGUUAGCUGAGUUGGGUGGUUGUUAGUAUCUUGCAGGUUAUUUUUUUCAUUUCUGACACUUUUUGGUUCUGGUGUAUUCUUUUCUUACCCCUUCUGCUGACUUCUUUCCAGGAUAUCCGGUCGUCAUUACCAUCGCUGUCGGUGCUUUCUUCUGGUUCUGAGAAUUCUGCUGUUUGCGUUGACACCAUGUGGAGAAUAAUUGAUUCGUUGAGAACUGCUGAGGAAACAUGGCUAUAUGUUCUUUUAGGUGGAAUGUGCUUAAACAUUUUGUGGGAAUUAUUUUUUCGGCAGUGGUUUGCAUUUCAACGUGCCAUGUGUUGUGAAAAAAAUGAAGAGAUUCUCCAGGAUACGUUACUAAGCUGGACAUGCGCGCCUUUUUACUAUGGGUUAACUGCUGAGGAAACAUGGCUAUAUGUUCUUUUAGGUGGAAUGUGCUUAAACAUUUUGUGGGAAUUAUUUUUUCGGCAGUGGUUUGGGAAAAGGCAACAGAGUUAGGAAAUAUACUAUUGGAACUGAAAUUAUCGUUUGUUGAUGCUGUGUUGAGUUACAAGGAGUCUUUUUUUUCGUUACAUGCAAAAGUUCAGAAUUAGCAACAAUUUUGAUGAGAGUUAAAGAAAUAAUCAUUUUGUUUCACAAGUUACUGAGUUUCCAAGAAUUUGAAUUGUUAAUUCAUAUUAGU